CUAGGAGCGAUGAGCGAGGUUGUAGAGGGAUUUUUGUAUGUGUUUGUGAUCGUGCGAUGCACCGAUGAUGCAAUGCAAGUUCAUUAUCUUUAUCUUUCAAUUGCAUUGUCUUUUUUAGUGUUAUGUUAAUGUGACUGAGUGAUCUUUGUUUUUGUACAUUUAAUUUAAUAUUUAUUUUAUUUCGAAGCAGUACUUCUUGCAAUUUAUUCAAAAAAAUUCAGAGCGGUCUAUCAAUAAUAAUGUAAAAAUCUAAUAAAUGUAGGAUGAUUUAUUAAGUUAUUAAUAUGCUUUUAUGUUCAAAAAUCGUUAAAAGCAUGCUUUUUGUCUUAUUGACAUGAAUUUAUUUUAUAGUAGACGCAGAAAAUGUUUUUGGUUCAAGAUAUGUUUUUCUGUAGUCAUAGUUAUUAUUUUUUGGAGGUGGUUGAUUCAUAGAACUUCUAGGUUAGGCUUCUAUGAUAGAGUCCGAAAUCCGAGUAUUCAGCUUUCUUUUACAAAACUUUCUUGGACUCCUUCACGAGCAGUGAUAAAAUCUGUAUUCAGUGCUGUGGGUGGUCGAAUGCCCGAUGGAACAUUCUCCACUUCAAUAAAUUCGACGUUUGAGAAUCUGAUCAAAAUUGACGAAUCAAAAAUAGUAUAUGGCUUGGGUGAUGGUGGUGAAGCAGUCACACUCAAGGGUCGUGAAUUUCUCGAGGGAGAAGCGUCCUAUAAGAACAAAGCGUUCAAUUUAGUCAUUAGUAAUAAGAUACCGUUAAACCGCACAAUCAAAGAUGCCAGACAUCCAAUGUGCUCUUCUUUAUCAUACAGUAGUCAUCUUCCAUCAGCCAGUGUAAUCGUUGUGUUCUGUAAUGAGGCAUGGAGUGUCUUACUAAGGACUAUUGUUAGCGUUAUCUCUCAAACUCCUGAUGAACUGCUCAAAGAAAUUAUACUCAUAGAUGAUUUCAGCGAUCAUGAUGAACUCCAUGACAAAUUGGAUUAUUAUAUAAGAACAAGACUGCCAUCCAAAGUGAAAUUAUUUCGUCUGCCCAAACGACGAGGCCUGAUUAAGGCAAGGCUGGCUGGAGCGCAGGCUGCAACGGCCGAUGUAUUGGUUUUCCUAGACGCUCACUGCGAGGCUGGUAUACAUUGGUUAGAACCGUUGGUGCAACGAAUUAAGGAAGGAAAGAAUAAUGUUGUGGUACCCAUAAUAGAUGUCAUCGAUGACAAAACACUGGAGUAUCAGUACAACAAUGGAUCCUACGAAUUCCAAAUUGGUGGAUUCAACUGGAAUGGGCAUUAUACGUGGAUAGACGUUCCCAGCCGAGAGAUGGAUCGGAUUCAUCACUCCUAUACGUCUCCUGUAAGAUCACCAACAAUGGCGGGUGGCCUUUUCGCUAUUAACAGAGAGUAUUUCUGGGAGAUAGGCUCCUAUGACAAAGAAAUGGAUUUGUGGGGCGGCGAAAACCUCGAGAUGUCUUUCAGGGUCUGGCAAUGUGGAGGAAAUUUGGAAACUGUUCCUUGCUCAAGAGUUGGACACAUAUUUCGUACUUUUCAUCCUUACACAUUCCCAAACGACAAGGACUCGCACGGAAUCAAUACUGUACGAUUAGCUGAAGUUUGGAUGGAUGAAUAUAAGCGCUUAUUCUACUUGAACCGUCCUGAUCUCAAAGUUCAAGGGAACGAUAAUAUGUGCCUUGACAAUCUACAAAAAGAAGAAGAACAAGAUACCCCACUCGGCAUAUAUUCUUGUCAUUCGAUCAUUGUUGGCACUCAGCUAUUCUCACUAAGUCAUGAGGGUGAGCUAAGGCGAGAAUACGUGUGUGCAGAGAUAUUGGAUAAUAACAAAGUAAUGAUGUACAAGUGUCAUGGAGGAUUGAAUCAAAAGUGGACGGUUACGAGAUUUGGACAGCUAAAAAAUGACGAUUCGAAUCUGUGUUUGGACAGUGCUAAUUUGAUAAGUGGAGACACUCUGCGAGUGUCUCAAUGCCGUAGAGUGCCUUCUCAAUCAUGGAAAUGGGACAAUUACCUCGAAACAAUCAAUCUAAACGAGCAAUUAUAAUCAAAUGGAUGACACAAAUCUAAGCCAUAGUUGUACUUCGAUUAAAAAUUUGAUAUUGUACUUCAUAGUUUUUAACUAUACCAUGUUAUUUUUGAACAAAUAAACUGUAUUUUUUAUUUCUAAU